CAUAUGGAAACUCGAAAAUUACGUGUUGUAAAACUCCCUUCAGAAGAUUUAUCCUAUACUAAUUGUGCCGCGGUAAACGUCAAAGAAUAUCCCGUAAAUGUAAUUCAUAUUGAAAUUAAUUCUUGUAAUCGGUGGUUUGUUUUUUCAAUUCGUAAAAUUUCUGACAUUCAGUUGGGGAGUAUUGGAUUUUCUUUGCCUCAUCGCAAAUGGGCAAGUUUAUCAAUUGAGGCAUUAGUUGAUGCAAGACCUUUUAAAUUUAACCCAAAGUCGCAAUAUAUAAGUAAGAUAAGAUUCAAUAUAGAUUUUUGGAGUAAAAAGGUUCCACUUCAAGAACCAUUUGAUACUGAUAAAAUGGCAAAUGAUAUUAUGACACAAUAUUCAAAUGUUGCUUUUUCCAUUGAUCAGCAAAUCCCAUACAAUUUUAUGAAUAAAAAAUUAUUAUCAAUUGUAGUUAAAGAAUUAGAAUGUGCAGAUGUUAAAGAUAAAAAUAUUGAAAUUAAGAAACAAAAUAUUGGAAUUCUUAUGCCAAAUUCAAUCAUAUUAUUUGAUAAACCUGAGGAUUCCUCUAUACUUCUAACUGGGAAAUCUCGAGGAAAAGUAUCAUAUCAAUCAAUUAUAAAUCCUGAUUGGGAUUUUCAAAAAAUGGGUAUAGGGGGUUUAGAUACAGAAUUUUCUGCUAUAUUCAGAAGAGCAUUUGCAUCAAGAGUCUUUCCUCCAGAAGUUAUCGAACUACUUGGAUGUAAACAUGUUAAAGGAAUUUUACUUUUUGGUCCACCAGGUACUGGUAAAACCUUGAUGGCAAGACAAAUUGGGAAAAUGUUAAAUUCACGUGAACCAAUUAUAGUUAAUGGACCUCAAAUAUUAGAUAAAUAUGUUGGAGAAUCUGAAGCAAAUAUACGGAAGUUAUUUGCACCUGCAGAAGAAGAGGAGAAACGAUUAGGACCUAUGAGUGGACUUCAUAUUAUUAUAUUUGAUGAAAUUGAUGCAAUAUGUAAAUCUAGAGGAUCUGUAGCAGGUAAUACUGGUGUUCAUGAUACAGUUGUCAAUCAAUUAUUGGCUAAAAUUGAUGGGGUUGAUCAGUUAAAUAAUAUUUUAGUCAUUGGAAUGACUAAUCGCAAAGAUAUGAUAGAUGAUGCACUAUUAAGGCCUGGUAGAUUGGAAGUUCAAAUGGAAAUUGGAUUACCAAGUGAAGAGGGUAGGCUACAAAUAAUAAAAAUUCAUACAGCAAAAAUGGUAGAAAACAAAAAAUUGGCAAGUGAUGUAGAUCUUAAGAAAUUAGCUGAGCUUACAAGAAAUUUUAGUGGUGCUGAAAUUGAAGGAUUGGUUAGAGCUGCACAGUCUUCUGCUCUUAACAGACUGAUUAAAGCAACAAACAAAGUUAAAGUGGAUCCUGAUGCCAUUGAAAAAAUAAUGAUUGGCAUGGAUGAUUUUCUCAAUGCGCUUGAAAAUGAUAUUAAACCAAGCUUUGGAGCAAGCUAUGAGCAAGUUGAAAACUAUAUUUCACAUGGCAUUAUCACAUGGGGAAAAAUUAUUACAGAAAUAUUAGAGGAUGGUGAUUUAUUUGUUCAACAGGUUAAAAAUAGUGAAAGUAAAUGUUUGAUAAGUGUUUUACUAGAUGGUACACCUGGUAGUGGGAAAACUGCUCUUGCUGCCAAAAUUGCACUCACCUCAAAUUUCCCAUUUGUAAAAGUGGUAUCUCCUGAAGAUAUGAUCGCAUUUACUGAACCAGCCAAAUGUCAAUACAUAAAAAAAAUAUUUGAUGAUGCUUACAAAUCUGAACUGAGUUGUAUAAUAGUUGAUGACAUAGAAAGAUUGCUAGAAUAUAGUCCUGUAGGGCCACGCUAUUCAAAUUUAGUUCUCCAAACACUAUUAAUUCUUCUAAAAAAGGAACCUCCAUAUGGAUCCAAAGGUGUCCACAAACGUAUGCUUGUACUAGGAACCACUAGCGAGCCUUCAAUUGCAAAAGAUUUGGGGAUUAUAUCAGCCUUUACAUCAACUAUAAGAAUAUUUAAUUUAUCAACAGGACAACAUGUGAUUAAUGUCUUGGAAGUUUUAGACUUUUUCGAGGCACCCGAGUUAGAGGCCAUAUCAAAUAAAAUUAGAUAUUCAAAAUGUUUUGUUGGUAUUAAGAAGCUUAUUGCCAUCGCUGAUUUAUCGAGACAAUCGGAACCUCUAUAUAGGGCCAUCAAAUUUAUAAGUAAAAUGGAAGAAGAGGGAGGCUUACAAUUGCAUCCUGAAACUUAUGAAAUGACAGAUAAUGACUAUGAAAGAACAUUUAAUGGGAAACACUGAUUUAUUAUGCUUAAUCAGUAGAUUAUAUAAAUAUUUACA